UAUGAACAGGAUGUUUCCAUACUAUGAAACUGAAUCAGGCACAAGAUGAAACAAUGAAGAAGUGAACAAAUGUUUGUCUUUAUUUGCAGAAACAUUUGCUUUUAUUUAAAUGCUGAAACAAUGGCACAAGAACAAAUAUGAAACGAGGAAUCCCAGAUCAUGACAGAAAGAGAACAAAGCAUUUGAACCUGUUUUUUUUUGUCUGUUUUUAGGCUUCAUUUCAAUUCAGUUUGAUUCAAUCCAUUUUUGUGUAUAUGUCACAGGCCAAAUUAGAAUCCAGGCAGAUUUAGAAUCUGCCUAGGCAGAAUUAGGAUUUUGAUUUCGCCUAGGCGAAAUCAAAAUCCUACCAUGGUUGUUGUAAAGAUUUCAAUUUUGAUAUAUCAAUAGCCUGUAUAUUAGAAAGAAUAACCCUACACCUAACCCUAACCCUCUAACAGGAUUUUGGUAUACAGUAUAUGAAAAAAACAACCCAGAAACUACUUUGACAACAUAAAUUUUUCCCUGCUUAUUUUGCCAAGUGUUGAGGACAAAAGUUGACAUUACUUCUAAAGUCAUUAUUUACCUUGUAUCUAAAACCAAAUUUCAAGGUACAUAAUGUUAGGAAAACAAAUAAUUACAAUAACAGAGCAUAUCAUAUUCAAAACCCUUCAAAUUUCAAUCUUGCCUAGGCGAAAUCAAAAUUCUAAUUCCGCCUAGGCGGAUUUAAAGUCUGCCUGGAUUCUAAUUUCGCCUGUAACAUAUAUAUAGCGCCAAUUACAAUUCAGAUUGUCUCAAGACACUUUACAGAAUCCCUAUGCCUGAACCCCCAGAGCAAGCCCGAAGGCGACAGUGGCAAGAAAAAAAAUCCUUUUUUAUGGGAAGAAUGCAUUUGUUUAUGCAUGAAGAUAUAUGACAAAACAAAAAUCUGAAUGGUUUAGUGACCUAUGUUUCCAUUGUGUGUGCUACAACAAUGUAGCAUUUUUCCAAUCUGAAAGGUUUUAUAAUGUAAAUUCUGAACAAACCAAACAUGAUCCAGCAACACAAUUUUGUCAUUUAUAUAAGACAUUAUGUCUAAAUUCUGUGAUAGCACUAAGUCUGACAUCUCUGUCAUCCACAACAGCAGAACAAAACUUGAAUAUACUGUAUCAUUGUAUAUUGUAAAUACAGCAGAACCUUCAGCAAAGCAGAGCCCACAAAAAUAUUCUGAGACUACACUAAACUGGCAUGUAUAUAUUAAUGGUAUAUAUUGUAAACCUUUUUUAAAAUUAAAAUGUGUAAAUUAUUACUCCGCCAAGGAAAGUGGUGGAGUUAUGUGAUGUUCAGUGUACGUGAAUCUGUCUGUGCACAACAUUACUCAAAAACAGACAAACGGAUUUGGAUAAAAUUUUCAGGGAAGGCCAGAAAUGACACAAGGACCAAGUGAUUAUAUUUUGGCAGUGGUGCAGCUCAUAGUUUGGAUCCAUCAAUUUGUUAAGGACUUCCCAUUACGAGAUAGUGGCUGACACAGUGUCACUGUGACUAUGACAUCAAGGGAAUACGUUCUGUCUGCUGAUGAUCACAUGAUUGCGAUCCUCUUAUAAAUUGACUGCUGUGGACUUAUCUGGACUUACCCGAACUGACACAAGGAACAAUUGAUUAAAUUGUGGGGGUGUUUCCGAGUCUCCUGACGCCGGCUACAUAUUUAGGUAGUACACAUGCAUAACACAUGCCUGUGCUCACCACAAUGUCAUUUUGGCCACAUUCUAUGUUGCCGUGAUUUCUGAUCAUCAUUAAUAAAAAAAAAAAAAAAACUGCUACAUUUAUACAAAAAUAUGCUGCAUUUCUGACAGUGCCAUAUGGGGGAAUGAAGAACCUUGGCGGAGUACUGCCCUGUAUGAGUACUUUUAUUGUUUCAUAUAUGAAUUUACAUGAAAAUAUCAUGUAUUUAUUGCAUAGAAAAACAAAAUAGCAUGGAAAACAAGAAUCAUUGCUUUGACUGAAAGCAAAGCAAUGAUUUGCUUUCAGUCUACAUCCUACAUAAGAGGAUGUAGCUACUUCCUCUAAAACCAGACAGGGGAACCUGUAACAGGAGAGGGUGAUGUUGAAGUGCUGCUAACUGUCAGAUAGACCAUAUACCUUAAGCAGUUGCUUCAAAAUGGCUGUGUUCUUGCAUUCUGGUAAACCGGAUAACACCUUUGAAGUCGGUGAAUAUCAGCAGUUCCCCAGAUCUGAGCCUGUGGCUGCUGCUAUUGCUACAAGGAGAACUCUGAAACCAAAUUUAAGACAUCUAAGUGUGGUUCUGCUGAGUUUUGGAAUACUGUGUGUCCUCCAAGCAGUUCUCAACAUCUCACUGAGAGUCGGUCUGAGUGAGUCCACUGAGAAAGGUAUGACAGUGGAAGAGACCUGUCCACAGGGCUGGCUUUUGCUGGGCUCCAGCUGUUACUAUGUCUCCUUGCAGCGCAAGAGCUGGGAUCUCAGCCGUCAAGACUGUCUGUUGAGAGAUGCUGACCUGGUCAUCAUCAACAGCCGACAGGAACAGGAUUUCCUCACUGGUUUCGCCAUGACUGUGUGGAUUGGCAUGACUGACAGACAGGAGGAAGGAAGUUGGAUCUGGGUGGAUGGAACCCCAGUAAACAAAGAUGGCAGCCUGCUGUGGGCCCUUGGACAGCCAGACAAUGCAUUUGGAGGAGAAGACUGUGGUGACCUUUGGGCAACAGAAACUUUCAUGGGUUUGAACGAUUUCAACUGUAGUGCAAGAGCUCAGUGGAUCUGUGAGAAAACAUUAAGAUAGCUUAAACUUGAGUAGCUCAACUGGUUGAGCGGGCAACCAAUAAACAGAGCUAUAGUCCCUGAUGCAGCGACCAUGGGUUUGAGUCUUUCCGACCGCCAUUUGUUGCAUGUCCUUCCCCCACUUUUUCUUUCUGUCUCCACUUUCAACUGUAAUGAAGGCUAAAAAAAAAAAAAAAAAAGCCCAAAAA